AUGGAACGAAGAGAGGCAGACGGGAUGAGAAAAGAGCAAAGCGAUCGUGAAGUUGAACAAAUGAUACAAACUGCCGAAUUGGUCUCAACCUCAAGCAGCAGUAUAGAAUCAGAUGUGAGUGUAGUACUAAUUGCUGGAACAUCCACUGCCAAUAUUCUGAUAGAACAUUCUUCCCCAGAAGAUAUAGAACUUGCAUCCCUUUUAUCAGAAUCACCAAGAGCAAAAAGGAAGAGAGGACACCGUCACAUAUUAACAACUAAGCUAUGUGCGGCUUUAGAUAAAUGUAAAAUUUCUGACAGGGAUACAGUUCAUAUUCUGAUUGCUACUAUCAAGGCAUUGGAUCUUGAUGUCCAGGAGUUUAUCAUAAACAGAAGUUCCAUUCAUUUUUAUAGAGAAAAAAUACACGAAGAAAAGGCAACUCAAAUUAAAAAGUACUUCAGGGACACUAAAUUACAAGCUGCUGUCACGCAUUGGGAUGAUAAAUUACUUCCAGCAUUAACAGGUAAAGAGAUUGUUGAUAGACUUUUGAUUGACAAGUUCUUCGAAAAUAUCAUAGUUUCAGAUGAAUUAAAAACGGUAGAAAUUAAAAUAGUGUCUGCGCUUGUAGAGCAUACUGUACCAUUUCUGGUAAUGAAUCAUCUCAGUGAUUUCUCAGUGUUUUCAUGA